GCGUAAUUGGCAAACCUGACCGGAAAAUAAUACAUUUUUCUAUGGCUAUUAUUUAUAGUUUUAUUAUUCAUAGAUAACGUAAUUAUUUGAAAAAAAUUAACCCCUUGCCUUGCGAUUUAGGUUCCAAUAAACAAUAAGCAACACAUGUCUUCUGAUAUAUAAGCGCAUGUGUAACGUACAACUAAUUUUAUUUUGCAAGAUGUUUGAUAAAUUUGAUUACCAAUUGAUCAUUGAACACGGAAGAUUUAUUAUCUUGGAGUAAAUAAUAAAUCAAUAACAACGACGUACUACGUCUUUCAUACGAUACUGUAAGUUACAGGGUUAAGAACCGCUGUAAAUUCUUAUUGAUCCCUUAUAAUUUAAUAUUUAUGUAAAAAAAAAAAAAAAAAAAUAUGGUUCAAAAGAAAAGGGUACUUAUGGUUUGUUUAGGGAAUAUUUGUCGUUCACCAAUAGCAGAAGCAGUUUUCAGCAACGAAAUAGAUGCAUUAGGCUUGAACGAAUCGUGGGAAGUAGAAAGUGCGGCAAUCAUAGGAUAUCAUACAGGUAAAUGUCCAGAUCCAAGAGCCAUGGCUACGCUAAGAGAAAAGGGUAUCACUAACUAUUAUCAUAGAGCACGAACAGUCAACAUAGAUGAUUUUACCACGUUUAAUUGGAUAUUUGGAAUGGAUAAUAGUAAUAUUGAAGAAUUAAAUUAUAUGAAACCUGCGAAUUGUACUGCUAAGAUUGAACUUCUUGGAAAGUAUGAUCCAAAGGGAGAAAUCAUAAUCAAAGAUCCUUACUAUAUGAACAACAAUAAUGGAUUUUAUAAGGUAUAUGAGCAGAGUACACGGUGUAUAAAAGCUUUCUUGCAACAACAUAAAGAUGAAACUUUAAAACCAGAAUAAAACU